AUGGUCAGAUUCGAAGUGCCAGACGCUUCCUCUUCGGAGGACGAGAAGGUCGAGACAUUGCCUCCAAAGACAAGUAGUCCGCCAGGGUACAGACUUGGGGGCAUGACUUUUCCUCCACAAAGGAAGGGCAUACUAAAACCACCAACGGCUAGCGGCCAGCAUUACCACAAACAACAGCCAGCCGUGGAAGAUCCGAGUUCAGGAAGUUUCAGAGUGCCCAGCACAGAUUCGUCGCCCGUUUCAGACAAUCCCUCACCUUCCAAAGACAUCGCUGCACUGGGGACUUUGCGCCCUGGAGAUUCUCCCACUGCCCCAGGAUCUCCGUCACCAUCGUCACGGCCUUCUCCUCCUCUAUUUUCGCCACAGUUUGGCAGCAGCGGUGCAAGGAAGAACCACAAACCAGAUCCGUUCCCAUUGCGAGGCAACCAACGCGAUCGGAUCAAGAAGAGAGUCUGGAGGACAGGAAGAGGGAGACACGUCCUGGUCAGAACGGUACCCGAAGAGAAUGGUCCAUCCGAGAGCGAGAUUCGUGCCACUAAGAGGCUCUUGAGCUAUCCUGGGCUCAUUAGAUUACUGGAUCAUCGUGGUUUCCAAGCAGAAGUAUAUGGUGAAGCUCGCUCCACGAAACGUCCUCGUGAGACUGAGUGGGACUUCGCCGACCUUGGUACGUUGCAGGAUACACUAGAUCAAGAACGACAUGAACAAGGCCUGCCGGAGAACUUUGUCUGGCAUGUGUUGCAGUCACUAUUGAAAACAGCGUUGUAUCUCCAUACCGGAAUCGACUUCGACGCAGAUGUGCAGCAGGAGAGCGCACUCUUAUCGCCCUCGAUUGAGGAUAGAGCGUUGGUCCAGUCUCCCAAGAAUUCAUCAACUACAGCCGACGCGGACCCCACGCCAUCGUGGAACCCCAUUGUACAUAACCAAAUCAACCCAUGGAACAUCUCAUUCUAUAGCCAUGACGAAAAAGACCCUCCAGGAACGCCACUAUAUCCCCAUGUGAAGCUGGGCAACUUGUCUCGCGUGACAAUUCUCCCGUCUCUGGAUCAUCAAGCCACCCACGAGGAUUUCCCUCCACUUCCGACGGCCCUGCAGACAAAUUUCGAGGCACCGGAGAUGGCUUGGAAGUAUCAGUUCGGCCCCGCGGGCACGAAGAGUGAUCUAUGGUCUAUCGCUGCUGUUGGCGUUGUAAUUAUGGGAGGCGUAGGAGGGAUAGCACGUAAAAGGAGAGUAGAAAUCUGGGACGAUGUCGCAGGGAGAUAUCAUGGGGAAAACCCGUGUUCUGACGAGGCUUUGUUCAGAGAGACCAGCAGAAUGAUUCAAGUCGAAAAGUGGCGAUGGACAGCGGCCGAUCUGAAUCAGCGGUACCCAGGAAAGUACUCCAUGGAGCUGCGAUGCUUCCUGGAACGACUCUUGACAAUGGUACCCCAGCAAAGACCUGAUACCCUUGAAGCUGUUGUUUGGGCUUCGAAUUAUUACGUCCACUGGCUGCGCAGCGUCAACGCACCUCAAAAUCCUGCGGCAGAAACUGGAGUACAUGUCGACGAGCUUGAAGAGGACUCUGAUACGCAGCAUCGUGUCGAUGUUGGAAAUCGUGUCGGGGGUACGACUCCGAUGCGUACUCCAUCGCCUGAGCGGGUGCCCUACUCUAAGAGAGCGCCGCUGGACCCACGAACUGAGCAAGUGGAACUGCCAAAUCUCGACGCCGAGGCGGCUUCUUACUCCAGCAGUGAAGACUUGGAGCUUGGUCCGCCAGCGCAUCUCUUGCGUGAGUUGGAGUUGAAAAAGAAACUGCAGCACAAGAGCCAGACGGCCUCUUCGAGAGAGUAG